ACAGUCUCGCCACAACACAGCUGUUGCUGAAAGGGGAUAUAAACAAUAACACAGAGAUGUGGGUCAGCUCACUGGCACUUUUUACUGGCACAUGUGCCGAUCAGUGGCAUGAGCCUUCCCCAUAUGAUAUUAACAUGGCUUCUACAUCGCCUUUGUUUAACGUGUCUCUGCUGCCUGAAGAUGUCCCUGGAGCUCAGUUUAUUUAUCCAGACGUCGACAGACAUUCAGUUGUUCAGCUGAAACGGUGGUUGGAGUGCCGAGGCCUGCCGAUGACAGGAAGGAAGACCGAACUCGUCGAAAGAUGUCAAGAGUGCAUCACAGCUCAGCAGAACACGAACAUUGCCAUUUCCAUUGAUAAUGGGAAAUGGUACCAAAUAAAGGUUCAAGAUGUUUUGGCAUCUCUUAACAGUUCAAGUCCGUGUUCGGCUGUGAGGCAACCUCCCACACCACCUAUCACUGGAUGGAAGGCCUUCCCUUCUGGCAACAUCCCACCAACCUUCUCAUAUGGCGAUAUAUACCAGUAUAUCAUUGCAUCAGCCAGACUACAGCCUCUACCACAAGUCACUCCUAUCAAUGACAGUGAUGAUGAUGAUCAGGACAACACCUUCAGCACUGCAAAGCCAAUGAAGAAGGGACGAGCUUUUUUUAAGAGUGGCCACAUACAAAAUAUUCAAACAUGUUCUAAAAAUGAGUAUUAUUAUCUUAAAUGUGAAUGUCUUCCAUCAUACAGACUAGGUAUGAUGUACCAUGUACAUGUUACUCUUGAUAAUUUUGCAGUCAUCCAGGAUGCAUCAAUGUGA